ACCAAUGAAUUUACUUUGUGAACUGUGACUCAAAAUGAGUAACGGAAGGAAAUGGGAUAAUUGAUGAAUGGUCAAAAUUAUGGAGGAAGGAGCAGUUAGGUGUGACGUUUUCCUUUAAUGACUGUGCACUGACAUUCAGGCAAUGACAUCAUCGACGUUGUGAACGGGCGCGUUGUUAAGUAACGAGAGGGGGAGAGAGACUAGAGUGGAGAACGGCCGCUCGUGCUGCUGGAGCUUCUGUGGGAAUAUCAACAGGGAGUGCAACCGACGACAGAUCUAAGAGCUGGGGGAAUGAGAGCCGUUAGAAUCCGCUCCCAUCCUCCUCUGCGCAGGCUUCUGUCCGACUGACAACUAUUGGAUCAGAACCUCCACCGAACCAGCUCUCGGACGAACCCAUUAUCGGUGAGAACUCGCAACCAUGGAGCUAAGAGUUGGGAACAAGUACCGGCUUGGACGAAAGAUUGGGAGUGGUUCCUUUGGUGACAUUUACCUUGGUGCCAACAUUGCCACCGGUGAGGAGGUAGCCAUCAAGCUGGAAUGUGUGAAGACCAAACACCCACAGUUGCACAUUGAAAGCAAGUUCUACAAGAUGAUGCAAGGAGGAGUGGGUAUUCCAUCGAUAAAGUGGUGUGGUGCAGAAGGAGACUACAACGUGAUGGUAAUGGAGCUGCUUGGUCCCAGUCUGGAGGACCUUUUCAACUUUUGCUCCCGGAAGUUCAGCUUGAAGACUGUCCUGCUUUUGGCUGACCAGAUGAUAAGUCGCAUUGAGUACAUCCACUCCAAGAAUUUCAUCCAUCGGGAUGUCAAGCCUGACAACUUUUUAAUGGGGCUUGGCAAGAAGGGCAACUUGGUGUACAUCAUUGACUUUGGCCUGGCCAAAAAGUACCGUGAUGCCCGCACACACCAGCACAUCCCUUACAGGGAGAACAAGAACCUGACUGGCACGGCACGCUAUGCAUCCAUCAACACGCACCUUGGAAUCGAGCAGUCCAGGCGUGAUGACCUGGAGUCUCUUGGCUAUGUUCUCAUGUACUUCAACCUGGGCUCCCUUCCCUGGCAGGGCCUCAAGGCCGCUACCAAGAGACAGAAGUAUGAAAGAAUCAGUGAGAAGAAAAUGUCCACACCCAUUGAGGUUCUUUGCAAAGGAUAUCCUUCUGAGUUCUCCACAUACCUGAAUUUUUGCCGUUCACUCCGUUUUGAUGACAAGCCUGACUACUCUUACCUACGACAGCUCUUCAGGAAUCUUUUCCAUCGACAGGGUUUCUCCUAUGAUUAUGUCUUUGAUUGGAACAUGCUCAAAUUUGGUGCUGGUAGAACAGCUGAGGAUGGGGAUCGGGAGAGGAGGACAGGAGAUGAGAGGGAUGAGCGGAUCGGUGGAGCCCCACGGGGUUCUGCAUCACGCGGCCUCCCCCAAGGUCCCAACCCUGGAGCUGGCAACAGAGUCAGGAACGGGCCAGAGCAGGCUAUCUCUAACCCUGCCUCACGGGUCCAGCAGUCUGGGAACACGUCGCCUCGUGCAAUUUCUCGUGCGGAGAGGGAGAGGAAAGUGAGCAUGCGCCUCCACCGUGGGGCUCCUGCCAACGUAUCGUCCUCUGACCUCACAGCCCGUCACGACCAAUCCAGAAUUUCCACAUCACAGGUCAGUGUGCCAUUUGAGCACAUGGGGAAGUAGAAUUCCUUGGCUAAGCAUGCGAGUGGAACUGACAGGGCCGCAAAGUAUAUUCAUCGCUCCAGAUCAUUUCCCCUUUGUUUUUCCCUUGUCUUAUUAAAAAGAUGAUUGUCAAUGGACACAUGGAUUUUUGGAAAUGGACAGUGAAUCUUUAAAGGAUCUAUGGGAGCACAUGAAAUUAUCCAACAUGCACUCUUUCAUGAGCCCUAUUUGCUGAACUGUGGACCACCACAAUACAAAAGCAAAUAAAUGACAGUCACACACCAUUUUUACUCAGUGGUCGCUCAUACCUGCCCCACUCCUCAAAACAUUCCCUCAGUACCUUCUGUCUGAAAAAUGUGAAGACCUGUUGGCAUCAAAGAAGCGAAAAAGUUUUGGGGACACACGCAUGUUUCUUGUCCAAGGUCAACUUUGUGACUGAUGUAGGCUUAGUAAAGAUAUAAAUUCUUCAUUUUUUUUAACACCACAAAACCAUUUUCAUUGAGUAUUGCGUCUUUGUUAUGGGUUUUCUUUUUCUUUUUUUUUUUUAAAAGAGAAAUAACGGCUGAAAGAUGAAAUUGGGGAGAGGUAGGAAAGAUGGUGCUGGACAUAAAGAAAGGUAACUUUGAAAGGGAUAAGCAAGUGAUGUUUUAGCUGUUGUAGAGUAAUGUUUUUGGUAAAGUAGCAUUUGAUUCUUGCUUGCCUGUCAUCCCUAUUGUGAUUAUUUACUCUCUUCCACAAACCUCCACCAAAAAUCCCUUAUUUUGCCUGUUUUGACUUGGUGUUCUAUGGAUUUAAUGUGAGUGGGUAAGGUGAAGAAUGACCAUAGACAUUGCAAAGACACACUCAAAAGUCUUGAGGGAAAGCACCUCAGGAAAUUCUCAAUGUAUUUGACCAUAGCUGCCCAUUUGGCUCACAAAUAGUGGCUGCAAUUUUUAUGAUAGUUCUUAAUGUUACCUUUUUUUAUUAUUUUGUUAAUGGAAGUCAUUAGGGAGUGGGCAGGCUCUGUUAGAGAUGGGGAGGGCGGGGCAUCCAAUGAUAUUUUUUUUUUCUUUUUUUUAAUGUUAACUUCACUGUAAAUAUUUUUUAUUUUGAUGUAAAGCCAAAAUGUGGUUGUUUUUAAAGUGUAAAGUAGAAAAAUGCAUACUAUUGACAUAAAUAGGGGCUGGGUCCAGAAUUUUAGGUAUUUAAAGUACUAAAUUGUGGGAUUGGCUAGUGUUACAUUGCCAGCUGGGUCAUUCAACAGUGUGCGUGAAAGUGUGUGAGUAUGCAGUGAGUCACUUUCAAGGAUUUUGUCUCUCAGAUCUCUACUAUUUAUGUUCAACUAUUUUUUUUUAUUAUUAUUUGUCUGAUUUGUUCUUUAUUCGUACUUCUGCUUCAUCUUCCUGUAAUUUAUUAGAAGGAUCUUGUUCAUCAGCUGUUUUUGUUUGUUUGUUCCUGUGUUCUUCUGUCCACCUUGUAUCAAACACGGAGCUUUUGAUAUUCAUUCUGCAAAAAUUAUAGUUUGAUAUCACCUUUUGGAUUUUAACCUCGAGCAACCCAAAUGAUGUCAUUCAAAAGAAAAGAACUGAUGCAAUUGCAGGGAUGUGUAAAUAGCAGUGUAUUGUACGUGUAAUUACCUUUUUAAGGGCCACAAUGACCCAGUGGUUUUGUAACUAUAGGGUUGGGAAUCGUAUGAGGGUGAGGUGAUGGGGAUUUCACUUUAUGUAUUGUGUACUGAUAUCUUGUACAGUUCUUUAACACUUUAUUUACAACAGUAUUUGUGUAUAUUUUAUGAAGUAAUAAAAAUGAAUAACGUUGCUCA